CCGCCAACUUCGAUAGACAUGUGAAUUAUUCUAUACAUCCAUUCAUUCUUCAACCAUUAGGUAGUAGUCUCAAAUACCGGCACAAAAGGAGGCUUCCCAGCUUCCAGCAAAUUGUAUCCAUCUAGUAUCUCUUUCAAUUCUUUCUAGUGUUCAGUUCCUACCUCCUCAUGAUGCUCCAGCCGGUUGAGGGCACACUGCCUCUCACUGAGGAGUGCCAUCACUAUGAUGACAUCCAGGAAGUCCCACGGGAGCUUCAAAAGUACUGGCACCAGCGCUACACCAUCUUCAACUUCUACGACUACGGCAUCUACCUCACAAACGAUGCCUGGUUCGGCGUGACCCCCGAGCCGGUAGCCACCAAGGUAGCCAAAGACAUCACCUCACACAAGCACUCCCACCCGCGCAAGGACACCAUCAUCGACCUGUUCGCCGGGGCGGGCGGCAACACGAUCGCCUUCGCCCUCUCGGAGAAGUGGGACCGGGUGAUCGCGAUCGAGAAGGACGCGGCCACGCUCGCGUGCGCGCAGAACAACGCGGCCGUCUACGGCGUGGCCGACGCCAUCACCUGGGUGCACGGCGACAGCCUCGAGUACCUCGCGCGUCUGAAAGGCGACGGGGCGGGGAAGGAGGACGUGGACCCGUCGCUGCAGAUCGACACGUCCAAGACGGUGCUCUUCGCCUCGCCGCCGUGGGGCGGCGUGGAUUACCGCUGGGACGAGGUGUUCGACCUCGGCACCAUGGAGCCGUACAACCUCGAGACGCUGCACAAUGCCUGCCGGCCGAUGGAGCACGCGCUGUAUCUGCCGCGGACGAGCGAUCUGAGACAGAUUGCGAAGCUGGCGCCGGAUGGCGAGCGGAUCGAGGUGGUGCAGUACUGCGUCGAAGGCGCCAGCAAGGCCAUGGUGGCGUACAUACCAGCGGAAGAAGAAUGAGCAAUCCCAUCUCACCAGCAAUCAAAACCAAACCCCCUUAAAACAGAAAGGCAGCCGGUAUUUCCUUUCCAUCUAUUAUCUACGGUAUUGUGCAGGCACCGCCGCAAAACGCUACAGCGCCCUGACGAUACUCCUCUCAUCAAACACAUCCCUCACCAGCGCCGCCACACAUGCCUCCCAGUCCACGGGCGCCAUCGCAUACGUCGACUCAAAAGCAUAGAUGCUCAGCUGUGCAAAGAACGGCCUGAGCACCUUAGCGACCAACUCAUCCUUCCUUUCCAUCGAAACAUCAUCACUUAUCCCCCCGGGCAUGCCAAGAAGCGGCCGUCUAUGCGUCGACGUAGACGGCCCUCCUGCUCCUACCGCCACAGCGACUUCAUUCGUCGAACCUUGCUGGUUCAACGCG